AUGGAUCUGGUCUUGAAUUGCCUAAAUACCACUACCAUUGCACUCUUUUCUCUAAUUGUUCUCUGUCUCUUUCUCUAUCGUCGUUCCAAAGGUAGAGAGGCUCCAACAGUUUCAGGUGCAUGGCCAAUACUUGGUCACCUUAAAUUGUUGAGUGCUUCACAAACACCCCACAGAACCAUAGGUGCUUUGGCUGACAAGUAUGGACCCUUAUUCACCAUCAAACUCGGUGUCAAACCCGCUUUGGUACUCAGCAAUUGGGAAAUGGCUAAAGAAUGUUUCACCACGAACGACAUUGCCGUUUCCUCUCGCCCAAAGCUUGUUGCCGUUGAACUCAUGUCAUACAACCAAGCCUUCGUGGGGUUGGCACCGUACGGAUCGUAUUGGCGUGAAUUGCGUAAAAUUGUUACCUUUGAGUUUCUCUCAAACCGUCGAAUUGAGCAACUGAGCCACGUGCGUGUCUCCGAGGUUCAAACUUCGAUUAAAGAGCUCUUUAAUGUUUGGCGUAGUAAAAAGAACGAGUCUAACUAUGCCUUGGUGGAGAUGAAGCAAUGGUUUGCACACUUAACUUUCAAUAUGGUUAUUCGAAUGGUUGCUGGCAAGAGAUAUUUUGGUGCUAUGGAUGAGGCCAACGAAGAAAAAGCAAAGAGGUUUAUGGAAAAUAUAAGAGAGUUCAUGCGUUUGAUGGGUACUUUUACGGUGGCUGAUGGUGCUCCUUUUCUAAGGUGGCUUGAUUUGGGGGGCUAUGAGAAGGCCAUGAAAGCAACUGCCAAAAAAUUUGACAAAGUGUUGAGUGAGUGGUUGGAAGAGCACAAACAAAACAAGGCAUUGGGUGGAAAGGCUGAAGGGGACCGAGACUUUAUGGAUGUUAUGCUUUCGGCACUUAAUGGAACACAAAUUGAUGGGUUUGAUGCUGACACCAUUUGCAAAGCCACUACUUUGGAAUUGUUUUUGGGAGGAACUGAUACCACUGCUGUUACCCUUACGUGGGCACUAUGUUUGUUAUUGAGAAGUCCUCAUGUAUUGGAAAAAGUUAAAGAAGAAAUUAACAUGCAUUUUGGAAAAGAGGGAAGCAUAGGGGAAUCAGAUAUAAAUAAACUUGCGUAUCUUCAAGCUGUGGUUAAAGAGACACUAAGAUUGUAUCCACCAGCUCCGCUAUCAUCACCUCGUGAAUUCACUGAGAAUUGUACUAUUGGUGGUUACCAUGUUAAAAAGGGAACUCGGUUGAUUCCAAAUUUGUGGAAGAUUCAUAGAGAUCCUAGUGUUUGGUCAGAUCCAUUAGAGUUCAAACCAGAUAGGUUUCUUACCACUCAUAAACAUGUUGAUGUUAGGGGCCAAAAUUUUGAGUUUCUACCAUUUGGAAGUGGGAGAAGGAUUUGUCCUGGAAUGUCCCUUGGUCUACAUAUGGUCGAUUUCACUCUAGCUAAUUUCUUGCAUUCCUUUGAAAUCAUGAAUCCAUCAAGUGAACCUAUUGAUAUGACUGAGAUCUUUGGAUUCACCAACACCAAAGCUACUCCACUUGAGAUUUUGGUUAAACCACAUUUGCCUCUCAACUAUUAUGAAGGUUUAUAA